ACCCCUUUAGUUUACCCUGCGACAAACAAAAACCGGAAGUUAAGCCUGCUGCCUCCAUUGCCCCAUUUUCAGAACCACGGACAGCAACCAGCUUUACCACCCCCAGUCUGAGUUAAAAUGACUCGUCAGUACAACUUAGUGUUUCUAUGACUUCAAAUCCAGGCUUAUCGAAAAUAUGUAAUAAUCAGCUCUAUUCCACCAGGUUAUUUGUGUUGGAGUUACAGAAGAAGCUGUCACAUGACGGCUGCGGUCAGUCCAUGCUCAGCGUGUUGAGUGUUUUCUGGACGAUAGCGACAGAUCGAUGUAAACACAGCGCUUAAUUUUUACCCCCACGCGAAAAGAAACACGAAAGAUUUAGCUUGUACCGUCCUUGCUCGUCAUGCCAUGGAUAUUUUGUGGCAAUAUCAGUUCAGGGUCAUCCUUCUCGGGGACUCGACGGUGGGUAAGUCAUCGCUGCUGAAGCGCUUUACGGACGGCUAUUACAGCGACGUCGCGGACCCCACUGUCGGGGUUGAUUUCUACGCCCGUUCCCUUGACAUCGAGCCCGGUGUGAAAAUCAAGCUGCAGCUUUGGGACACAGCAGGCCAAGAGCGCUUUAGGUCCAUUACAACAUCAUACUACCGCAACUCUGUGGGGGGGCUGCUGGUUUUUGAUCUCACUAAUCGCAAAACAUUUGACCAUGUGAAGGAGUGGCACAAGGAAGUGAGUGAGCACAUCUUUCCUCACCAUAUGGUCUUUAUCCUCAUUGGUCACAAAAGCGACCUCAACAAGGUACGCAAGGUGAGUCGCGAUGAGGCGGAGCAGUUGGCAGCUGAACUGGGAAUCCGCUAUGUGGAGACAUCAGCCAAGUGCAACAGCAACGUAGACAGGGCCUUUGAGCUGCUCACAAAAGACAUCUACGAGCUCAUGAAGAUAGGGGAGAUUGUGACCCGCGAUGGAUGGGAUGGUGUGAAGAGCGGCCUCACUGCUAAGGUCCUGUACCAAGCUGAAGAUGAAGAGGAACUAGCAACAGCAUCAGCUGAAAAGGGCUGCAACUGCUGAUUGAGAUUGUCUUUUAAAACAGGUGGACAUUUACACUGUGGUGUGUGUGUUUGUGUUCUAAGCAAGUUGUAUAGCUAAAUUCAUUGAGAACAGUACAUGAGUCUAGUUGUUUGUUAACUCCUGAAACACAUAAUGUAAUAUGCAUUUAUAUGGUUAAGAACUAUUGUGAGCUUUCUUCACAUCUGAAUUUGCGGAAUGCUUCGCCUGCAACCCUUUAUUUUGCUGAAAUACUGUACAAAUGUAGGAUAAAUGGUCACUGGAAGCUUGAUUCACAAAAGACACAAGAUUAAACAUUCUAACUUGUCACUUAUGUCAAUGCUGGUUGGAGUAAUGGUCUUUCCAUGCCUCUGGUAGGCACACUUCUGUUUCUGUUUUCUUCUUUAUAGAAUCUGGGAUGUUUUCUGUACCAGGUCACAAACUGCUUUUUUUGCCUUGUCUUAGGACUGAAAUCGAGUUUCCCUUCAAAUGUUAUUUCAGCUUUAGAAAACAGGAAAGAGAAGGGGAGCUAGAAACCUUUGCGGAAAUUUAAAAUAGAUCAAAAUAAUUUCUACUAGGUUUCCAUCUUAAUUUCAAUGAAAUUUUGCUUUAAAUUUAAAAUUGGUCAUUGUUUAAGGUUUAAAACUGAUUUAUAUCCUCACAUGUUAGUUACAAAAUCUGACAUUUUUAAAAGUUAUCUUUAUUAAUACCCCUUUUGGACUCAGUCAUAUGACUUACAGAAAGGCAGUUUAGGGUUAGUUGUAUUGUCUGGGCUGCUGAAACAUACUACAAGGCCUAUAAUAAAAUUUAAACUUGCUUAAGGAUUCUUGAACAACUAUUUAAAUAUAACUAUGUUCGUUGCCAAAUAUCAGGGGUGAGUAAGUGUUAGGAUCAUUAACAUGACCUCAUUAUAAUUUGCAAUAUCCAGUGGUCUUCCACCACCUUUGUACACUGGCCCAGCAUAAGGACAUGCCUGAGAAGGUGAGUUCCACCUCUUUCUUCUUCAUUGUGUGUCAGUCAAUAUACUGUACAUAAGCAAUAAAAAUUAUUAAUCCAUUCAAAUAGAGAUAUCUAAUAAUAUCGGCCUUAGUUAUGUAAUAUCGGUAAGAAUCAGCAGUUUUUCCUCCAAUAUUAAAAACCUGAUAACACAACGAAAAAUAGUUUUGAAGUGAAAGCAAAUCUAUUAUUUGUAUUAUGCACAGUAUUGUCAUUGUACAUUGUACACACCGCUGCACACUAAUCGUGUCCUCUGUCUUUAACCCAAGCAUCUGCAUAUAUCGGUAUCAGUUGAUAUCAGAAUUGGAAAUGAAGCUUUUGGACAAUAUCGCCCUAUCAGCAAAAGGUUAUAAUCGGACAUCCCUAGUUUCAAACUUUGAUUUCUGUCAUUGAAGCUUCAUCAUUUACAAAGUGAGAAGACAACUGAAAACUAGUCGAUAUCACCUUGAACUUGCUCAGAUGAUGCAAUACAUUGUGUUCUGUAUGAGCUCUAUAAGAUACUUCAUCAAACGUUUUUUUUUUAUUAUUUUGAUCAACAAAAACCCAUCUAGGCUUGAGCUGCUUUCUGUUUUAUGCCAUUAUGGUAAAUUGUUCUGCAUUUUCUUUUGGAUAUGUAUGAAUAUUAUGUUGUGCACACACUGUACUUUACCACAGUUGUUUUUUCCUACAUCUUAAUUUAUGUGUAAGUCUUGCUGUUAAGGCGAUUGCCCUCUGAGGACAAUAAAGAUAAAGUUGAGCCGAGUUAAACCUGGUGCUAGCAGAAUUUCCGAGGAAGCCAAGCAGAGCAGAGCAGUGAAAGAGGAAUUGCUGAAGAACUGGCUUUGGAUUUCAUUUUUCAAAAAUUGAAUAUUUGCCUAUUGAUUUUGGCAAAAGAGACUUACUCAAGUUCCAAACAUCUGUCUCAAAAGUGAUUAAAAAACUUUGUAAAAGGAUAAAGAUGGGUGUUUGAUGGUGCCACUGAGCUCCGCAACCAAAGACCUCAGAUAGAAAGCCCAAAACUUUAAAAGCGGAGCUUCACUACCAUCAAGACUAUGUUGAAAUCCUCCAGUGAAGCUGGUGUGUAGCAGCCAGAGCAGAGCCAGCUGUUGGAAUAGGCCACAGGUGGUUAUCUACUGUUGGUUGGUGCAUGCUGGAGGGGGUACAAUUGCAAAAAAAAAAAAAAAAAAAGAGAACCAGCUAUUGUUGCAAUAGAAUAGAUCCAUCAUUUUUAUCUGCCCCGACCAUCCACCAAUUGUUAUCCAUUCGAGAUUGGUGUACAAGAUAAGGCAACUACAAGGACUUGAUGGCAUCCACUACAGCAAAGGUUCCCAAAGUGGGUGGCACGCCCCUUGGGGGCUGUAGUGCAGGGGGGUUGUGGAUGGAAUAAAGAAAUUAAACAUAAA